AUGUCUGUGGAUUCUGCGCCGCCGGCGUUGGAUGGCCUCACUCUGACCGAAUCCGUACAGGAGGCGCAAUUCUCUCAACGUGUCCCGAUCCAGUCUAUCUUGGGCCGCUCCGACAAGGGCGCCGGGUUGGCCGGCCAGAAGGUCCGGAUUGGCGGAUGGGUCAAGACUGGGCGCGAGGCGGAUAAGGGUAGAUUCGCCUUUCUCGAGGUGAAUGAUGGGUCUUGCCCGGGGAAUUUGCAGGUGAUUGUAAAAGCCGAGCUUUACAAGCUGAGCGACGUCGUUUCCACCGGGACCUGCGUCCAUGUGGAGGGAUUGCUGAAGUCGCCGCCGGAAGGUGUGAAGCAGAGGAUUGAGCUCGAGGUGGAGAGGGUUAUUGAUGUCGGGACUGUGGAUGCCGCCAAGUAUCCGUUGCCGAAGACGAAAUUGACGCUUGAGUUUCUCAGGGAUGUUGUGCACCUUCGCUCCAGGACCAAUACUAUUUCUGCAGUUGCUAGAAUCCGAAAUGCCUUGGCAUAUGCUACUCACACAUUUUUCCAGAAGCAUGGUUUCCUUUAUGUGCAUACUCCUAUUAUCACAACCAGUGAUUGUGAGGGUGCUGGGGAGAUGUUUCAAGUCACAACAAUAAUCAGUGAGGCAGAAAAAUUAGAAAAGGAGCUAAAAGAGAACCCUCCUCCUUCAGAAUCUGACGUAGACGCUGCUGAACUUGUUGUCAAGGAGAAAGGGGAAGCAGUAGCCAAGCUUAAGUCUGCUAAAGCAAGAAAGGAGGAAAUUGUUGCUGCUGUUGCUGAGCUUACGAAGGCUAAGGAGAACCUCUCAAAGCUACAAGAAAGAUAUAAGUUGGCGGAGAGAUGUAAGCUUGGUGGUGGCAUUCCAAAGAAGGAUGGAAAAAUUGAUUAUGCUGAGGACUUUUUCGCCAGGCAAGCAUUUUUAACUGUAUCAGGACAACUGCAGGUUGAAACAUAUGCUUGUGCGCUCAGUAGUGUGUAUACCUUUGGGCCAACAUUUCGAGCAGAAAACUCGCAUACUUCAAGACAUCUUGCUGAAUUCUGGAUGGUGGAACCUGAGAUAGCAUUUGCUGAUAUACAGGAUGAUAUGAACUGUGCGGAAGCAUAUGUCAGGUUUCUUUGUCAGUGGUUGCUUGACCAUUGCUAUGAUGAUAUGGAGUUCAUGACCAAAUUUAUUGAUAAAACUGCCAUCCAACGACUUGAAAUGGUGGCAAAAUCCAAGUUUCACAGAGUCACUUACACUGAGGCAGUUGCCAUUCUUGAGGAAGCAGCAAAAGUGAGGAAAUUUGAGAAUAAAGUAGAAUGGGGGAUUGAUUUAGCUUCUGAACAUGAAAGAUACCUGACUGAAGAGAAGUUCAAAGCACCUGUUAUUGUCUAUAACUAUCCAAAAGCAAUCAAAGCUUUCUAUAUGAAGGUCAAUGAAGACAAUAAAACUGUUGCAGCAAUGGAUGUGCUUGUACCUAAGGUGGGGGAACUUAUUGGCGGUAGCCAAAGGGAAGAGAAUUAUGAGGUUCUGAAGCAAAGGAUAUUGGACAUGGGUCUUCCUCUUGAGCCAUAUGAGUGGUAUCUUGACCUUCGACGAUAUGGGACGGUGAAGCACAGUGGGUUUGGCCUUGGGUUUGAACGGAUGAUUCUCUUUGCUACAGGCAUAGAGAACAUAAGAGAUGUCAUUCCUUUCCCCAGAUACCCUGGGAGAGCAGAUCUUUGAAAUCCGCAUUUGUCACUUGUGAAAUCUUAGCACUAAAUAUUAGUCUUACAACCUUGCAUUGUGGAAACAGUCUAUACACCACAAGGUUUUGAAUAUGGAAAUCAUGAUAGAAAUCUGUUUAAAGUCUUAUAACGGACCCCGUUGCCUUUGGGGUUUUUUCUUAAUGAUUGUUUUCUAUUUCAAAGUCCAAUCUUAAA